AUCGUCUUGAACCUGUGGUUUGGAAAUUAGUAGCAGCUUAUCGUGGCGAAGUUGACGAAGAUUUUUGGGGCAGCAUUAUAAAUAUAAAUGAAGUAUUCGGUUCUGAAGGAGGUACUUAUAUUUCAGGGUGGAUGUUGGCUUUUUUUCCAUAUGAUCGUGUAGGAAAUCGUUUUCCCUACGCCAAUGUAGAAAUUUUUGAUAUUCCAAACGGCAAGGAUGAGUUUUCUUUUACUACUGAUACCGAUUUAUGUUUGAGAUUUGUAUCUGGCAAUUCUGAUAAUGAAUCGGUUGUUUCUCUUGUGACUGGAUGGUUUAUGAAAUUUGCAGCACAUAUUGGCGAAUUUGCGGAAUUAGGUCUAAAUUAG